AUGGAUCACGAGCGCAGCCCCAGGGGCAAUGCUCGACGGAGCGGGAGCGGCGGCGCGUCGUCGUCGAAGCACAAGAGCGGCGGCGGAGGCGGCAAGAAGCCGAUCAAGGUGCUUUACAUCGACAACCCCAUGCGCGUCAAGACCAGCGCCGCGGGUUUCCGCGCUCUUGUGCAGGAGCUCACCGGCCGCCACGCCGACCCCUCCAAGUACAGCCCCAACGACCUUGACUCCGGCGGCGUCGCCCAGGGGCUGAGCCCCAGGGGCGCGGACUCGUCGUCGGAAACCAUCGUCGCAAGCCCCAGACCUGGCAAUAAGGCCGCGCCGCACGGCGGCGACUGCGGCUACGAUGGCGAGGACGACGACGAGGACGGUUUCAGGUCGCAGCUGCUGCUGGAGAACAACUAUACGGUGUUCUCGCCGCCGACGCUGCUCUACGACCAUCACCCGCACAGCAAGGUGUGA